AUGUGGAGGUGUUGGUUUGACUUUGUGAGCUCAAAGACUCAACUGAAGAUAAAUGUAGGCUUCAGGGUGUUGUUGCGGCUUUUAGCUUUAGUUCUAAUGCUAGUAGGAGAAGGAGUGAGAAUUGAGCUCAGAAUAAUUUUUUUUUUAUGGUUUCAGGUCUUAAAUCACGAGCUAAAGGGAUUAAUAUUGUCUAGGACAUGGAGCAAAUUUGCCUUUGGUCCGAUUGCCAUCAGCAUAGGAUUUUUCAAUUCCAGGAACUCCUCGACUGGCUAUUUCUCAUCCUUGGAGAGUUUUUUGUUUCCUUUGUCAAUUGCACUUAGUGAAUUAAAUGAGCAGUAUAUGAGGGUAGAGAAGAUCUCCAAAAUUGAUGUUCGAGUUAGUGCACUUGUACAAGUGAGCUGUGAUGUCAAUCCAGUUUUUACACUGUUUAACCUUCCCGAUCAUCACAGUAUAUCUUUCUCUAUCCUCCUUAACUCAGGACUCAUCUGCAAGUUCACGAUUAUUAAGGAAGUUGGUAAUGGUACGUUUGGAAGUGUCUGGAGAGCUCUAAGCAAGCAGUCUGGUGAAGUGGUGGCGAUAAAAAAAAUGAAGAAGAAAUAUUAUUCAUGGGAAGAAUGUAUAAAUCUGAGAGAAGUGAAGUCAUUGAAGAAAAUGAACCAUCCAAAUGUAGUAAAGCUGAAGGAAGUCAUCAGGGAAAACGAUGUAUUAUGCUUUGUCUUUGAAUAUAUGGAAUGCAAUCUAUACCAGCUUAUAAAGGAUAGGAAAAAACCUUUUACAGAAGUUGAGGUGAGAAAUUGGUGCUUUCAAGUAUUUCAAGGCCUCUCGUACAUACAUCAACGUGGAUAUUUCCAUCGUGACCUAAAGCCAGAAAACUUGCUAGUAUCAAAAGAUACCAUAAAAAUUGCCGAUUUUGGUCUCGCUCGUGAGAUCACUUCUCGACCACCGUUCACCGAAUAUGUCUCGACACGCUGGUACAGGGCCCCAGAAGUUCUGCUUCAGUCACCUAUAUAUGGUCCCCCAGUUGAUAUGUGGGCAAUGGGUGCAAUAAUGGCUGAAUUAUUCACUCUUCGUCCUUUAUUUCCUGGGUCAAGUGAGGCAGAUGAGAUUUACAAGAUAUGCUGCAUAAUUGGCAGCCCAACAAAUACCGAAUGGCCUCACGGGCUCGAACUUGCUAGUGCUAUUAACUAUCAUUUCCCUCAAGUUGCUAGUGCCCAUCUUCCUGCCUUGAUGCCAGGUGUCAGUAAGGAUGCAAUUAAUCUCAUCUCAUCACUGUGUUUGUGGGAUCCUUGCAAGAGGCCGACAGCCAUGGAAGCUCUUCAACAUCCUUUCUUCCAGAGUUGCUUUUACAUCCCACCAUCUCUGCGUGCGAAGCCUGCUCUCACGAAAACACCUCCUGUUGGAGCUAGUUUUGAACAAAAAAGUGUUGGGAGAUAUUCGGGGAAAUUAUUGAACCCAAAGCCCCUAAACAGCUUUUCUCAUGCCAGACCACACCAAUCAUUGAGUGCAGGCGUGCAGAGGAAGUUGGACUUGAAUGAUCAGCAUGAUGUAGUAACUAAACACAACAAAAACCAGAAGAAUGACAUGAAGCAACAGCCAAAGUACCGGCCACCAGGAUUUAAUGACCCAAAUAAACACAUUGGUAACUUGGAGAAAACUAGGAUAAUUUCAGAUGCAACCAAGAAGUUUGGGAAAAUGACAUUUUGCUCCGGCGAGCAGCUGCUCGUCAAACGGUCAUCUUUGCCGCCACCUAUGAAGGCCGGAGGAUUGGUUGGGCGUUCACAAGAAGUUGGUCUUCCGGGAAGGUCUUAUACUCGGAAAGUGGCUGGAUGA